GGGAAAAAACUCCGAGUCUCGGCCCCUCUGCCCUCCCACUCCUAGAGUCCAGGUUCCCAGCCCCCAGGUGAGCCCCAUUCGGCCAUUCGAGCCCUAGCCACCGAGACUCAGUGAAGAAGAAGUGGGGAACUGGGAACCAGUCGGCGGCCGCACGAGAGACAAGAGAGUGAGUUGGAAGGAGUUCUUCCUCAGUUCGUUCUGGGCUUCGGGAUCUUCCCUCUCUUCCAGCUCAGGCUGUCUGCGAUUUGACGAUUAGCUGGUGGCAAAUUUCUGGACACAUCCAAUUUGGAUCUCAAUUUCAUCAAAUAGGACUCGCCAAUGUACAUGGAAUGCUGCCACCACUUGAAUCUUAGCUCAUCAUUUGGAGUCGUAUAUUCUUGAUUUCAUAUACUCCUUAAGAAGAGGCACCAUUUAGUGAUAAAAAAGAGAUUCCGAUUAUAUCAAUGGCAGCUUCUGCAAAAACUCUUACGCUUGAAAAUACUAAGCUCACUGGAGAAUGGACAGUUGUUUUACCUCGUCGUGGCAAACAUAGAAAGGCUAUUCCCAAAUUAAAAAUGCCAGAACAACCAGAAGCAUGGGCUCCUAGUGAUCUUGAAAGUGAUCACCGCAGAGAAUCAAAAUUGAUGCAGAAGAUGCUGAUCUGUUUGAAGAAACUUGAGAGCUCACAGUUCUAUCAAAGUUUCUUGGAUCAAAUCCAGACACCUAACAUCCUAGACUCCUUACUAAGAAUUUUGGGAUCUGAAUUGAAGAUGCAGAUGGUGAUAUAUGGUAUUGGAAGCAUUGAAUCAUAUGAAUCUCCUCGAUUGCAACUUAGCCUGGCAAUCUUGAUGAAAAGAAAGUUCAGUUGGAUAGGAGACGUAGAGGUAUUUGACCCCAUUGUUUCUGCGACAGAAUCUAGGAUUUUGCAGUCUCUUGGCUGCUCUGUUCUCUCAGUAAAUGAGCAAGGUCGGCGACAGGCUUUAAAGCCGACAAUGUUUUUCAUGCCACACUGUGAAGCAAAAUUAUACGACAACCUUUUGCAGGCAAACUGGAAGGUAGAUCUCCUGAAAAACAUCGCUUUGUUUGGGAACAGCUUCAUGGCGUAUGAGAAGUUCGUUUCGGACUUCAAGAACUCGCGUGUGGUGGAUUCAGCAACGCAUAUCUUGGCUAUUCAAAGGUUCACAGAUGAAAUUAAGAUCAAUACUGUUUCAGAUGACUAUUUUGGAGCCUUUAAUGAUUCAAGUUGGCAUUUUUUUAUCCCAGAAUCUGAGAGGCAGCUGCAGUUAGGUAAUUUAUAACAGAGAUUGUCAAGCAGGAUUCAGAAACUGCUAGAUGAUUGAAAUCAUCCAUAUUGUUUCUCCAUAUUUAACUUGGAGAGAUUUUGCUUUACUUAUAAUUGCAUGCAAAGUGAAUUAUGUUGAGAAA